UGUAUAUAUAUCCUGUACAUGUCAUAUUUAUUUUAAUAUUCAUCAUAAUAUUUAGUUACAUUUAUUAACAUUUAUUGGAUAUGCUUGUCAUGUAAUACGUGAAAUAUUUUUUAGAUAUGGAGCAAAUAAGAGAGUCGCCCCAAACGCACUCUUACUCUCUUGAAGGCUUCGUUCCGCUUCUCAGUCUCACUGAGGCAUGCGGCGCGCUUCUUAUAGUCUUGGUGGCUGUGUGGACGGGUUACUAUAGAAACGGUUUCUCAUGGAGAUCUAUUCCUGAGCUCGAAUUUAACUGGCAUCCUCUAUUAAUGAUUAUAGGGCUCGUAUUCUUAUAUGCCAAUGCUAUGCUCCUCUACAGGACGCAAAGGAAUGUUCGCAAACGGCGACUAAAGUUAAUUCACGCAGGAAUGAUGUUGUUUAUUGUGUUGUUAACAGUGAUCGCUUUAGUGGCCGUUUUUGACUUCCACAAUCUAGCUGAUCCAGCUAUACCGAAUAUGUAUUCCCUGCACAGCUGGGUCGGAUUGACCACCGUGAUAUUAUUCUGUUGUCAGGUAGAUCUAUAAAACACGUACAUACUUGUCCGACAAUUCUCUGAAUUCAAAAGCACAUGUGUUAACGUCUCUAACGAAAAGUUUCGUUUAGAAUUCUUUAUAUAAUUUUACAGAAUUUCUAUAUGAAUUAGUGAAUUUUUCA